UCUUCAUUUUUCCAUCAAUCGAGGAUUGUUUUUGCUCAAUCUCGAUAUCCGCACAUUAAAAAAAAGAUGAACACGAUCCGAUCAACCUGGGUAGGCUGGGGUACUCUCUGCGUCGCUGGCGGCGGAGCCUAUUAUUUCGCUAAGAAAUCGAUCAAUGCGGACCGAGCUGCUCGAUAUGAAGCAGAGACCAAGCGCAAAGCGAAACUCGCGCAGAUGGAAGCAGAGCACCGACGCCAGUCGACUUUCAGCGAGAAAGUUCCGACCCCGUCCGAAUCCCCUAGCUUGAAACGGGCCAACAUGGCACAGUUCCAGAGUGCAGCGGACGAUGUAGCCUCACCAAGCGCGGAGGCCAGCCACGAUCCCGCUCCAACUCGUCACGAACCCGAAUCCGAAGCAGACCGGGUGCUGGAGAAAGGGAAAUACGAAGCAGCUCAACCGUUCCGACCUCCGCGAGGUAAUCGAUUCAGCUGAGCGCGUUCACUCUCACACGUGAGGGCAUGCGGAAGGAAUUUAAAUUUCCCCUGAACAAUAGAGAUGGCAAGACGUCAUAUGCGCAUGCCGUGAGUGUGCUAUGGCUUUGUAUCAUAUCGUGCUAUUAUAUGCUUGGCGAGCUAGGCGACUUCUUAAAUCUCGCGAAGUUUGCGGGUUUCGUGGUACAUAUCUUACGGGUCGUGUUAGGGAAUCAAAAU